CCCUGCCCUCCUGGGCAGCCAGGGCAACAAGGACGGCACCAAGGGAGCUACCCCAUGGACAGGGCCCCACAGACACAGCACCAAGCCUCGCAGGAGCUGCUGGCUGCAAAGAAGACCCACACCUCACAAAUUGAAGUGAUCCCUUGCAAAAUCUGUGGGGACAAGUCAUCUGGGAUCCACUACGGGGUUAUUACCUGUGAGGGGUGCAAGGGUUUCUUCCGUCGGAGCCAGCAGUGCAACGUGGCCUACUCCUGCACCCGUCAGCAGAACUGCCCCAUCGACCGCACUAGCCGGAACCGAUGCCAGCACUGCCGCCUACAGAAAUGCCUGGCACUGGGCAUGUCCCGAGAUGCUGUCAAGUUCGGCCGCAUGUCCAAGAAGCAGAGGGACAGCCUGCAUGCGGAAGUGCAGAAACAACUGCAGAGGCAGCAGCAGCAACGGGAACAAGUGGCCAAGACCCCUCCCACAGGGGGCCAAGGAGCAGACACCCUCACCUAUACCUUAGGGCUCCCAGACAGCCAGUUGCCCCUGGGCUCCUCACCUGACCUGCCGGAGGCCUCAGCCUGUCCCCCUGGCCUCCUGAGAGCCCCAGGUUCUGGGCCCUCAUAUUCCAGUAACUUGGCCAAGUCAGGGCUCAACAGGGCCUCCUUCCAUCUUGAAUACAGCCCUGAGCGGGGCAAGGCUGACAGCAGAGAGAGCUACUGUAGCACAAGCAAUCAACUGACUCCUGACAGAUGCGGACUUCAUUUUGAGGAACACAGGCAUCUUGGGCUGGGGGAACCAGGACGAGGUCUGGACUAUAGUCCCAGUUUCCGCAGCACCCCAGAGACACCUUAUGCCUCACUGACAGAGAUUGAACACCUGGUGCAGAACGUUUGUAAGUCGUACCGCGAGACAUGUCAGCUGCGGCUGGAGGAUCUGCUACGGCAACGUCCCAACAUCUUCUCACGGGAGGAGGUGACCAGCUACCAGAGGAAGUCCAUGUGGGAGAUGUGGGAGCGCUGUGCCCACCGCCUCACGGAGGCCAUCCAGUACGUGGUGGAGUUCGCUAAGAGGCUCAUGGGCUUUAUGGAACUCUGCCAGAAUGACCAGAUCGUGCUGCUCAAAGCAGGAGCAAUGGAAGUGGUGUUGGUCAGGAUGUGCCGGGCCUACAAUGCUGACAACCACACAGUCUUUUUUGAAGGCAAAUACGGUGGCAUGGAGCUGUUUCGAGCCUUGGGCUGCAGCGAGCUCAUCGGUGCCAUCUUCGACUUCUCCCACUCCCUAAGUGCCUUGCGCUUUUCUGAGGAUGAGAUUGCCCUCUACACAGCCCUCGUUCUCAUCAAUGCCAGUCGGCCAGGGCUCCAAGACAAAAGGAAAGUAGAGCAGCUGCAGUACAACCUAGAGCUGGCCUUUCAUCACCAUCUCUGCAAGACUCAUCGCCAAGGCAUCUUGGCAAAGCUGCCACCCAAGGGGAAGCUUCGGAGCCUGUGCAGCCAGCAUGUGGAAAAGCUGCAAACCUUCCGGAACCUCCAUCCCAUUGUGGUCCAAGCUGCUUUCCCCCCACUCUACAAGGAACUCUUCAGCACUGAACUUGAGCCACCUGAGGGGCUGUCGGAGUGACCUGCCCUAGAUCCUGCUGGCCCACUUCCCAGGACCCCCUUCCACCUCAGUCUUUUUCUUUCCUGUAUCAUCUGGAGGGUGGUCCCCACAUGUUCUCUAGGCGUGAACAAGCGCUGAAACUGGUUUUCUGCCCACAGACUUGCCUGGCAGCGAGGCAGUAGCCAGGGAUUGGGGAUAGAGGGACGCCAGCUCCAGACUCAGCUCUGUUCUAUCUCAUUUCCCACCUUACCCCCAACUUCUGGUGGCCCUGCGGUGGGAUGGGAUAUAAGAACCUCUAGGAGGACCAGGGUAUCCUCAGGAUAAUAAGGGAGUCCAGGCCACCCUGAUGAACACAACUCAGCUCUGGGCUCAGAAGCUAAGAAUAGGUCUUUGAAAUACCUCAUUGCCUCUCUCCAUGGGCUUCAAGCUGGGG